CCGCAAGCGAGGGAAAAUGUAAUGAUGAACAAAGCGCGCAGAGAAGAAUGACCAGGGGCUUGCAAAAAUCGUCGGACAUCCACAAAGUAUCCCUUUUUCACAAGCAUAUAUAUAGCAGAGGAUGCCAAAGCGCACAUGGAAGGGCGCUUUGCUGCCAAAGCAAAGCGAUCCAAAACCAGCAAGAAAGUCACGAACAAGAGAGCACGCGAUUUCUUUUUUAGCUGGCAACUGAUCUGCUCAAGGAACAAGAAAAACACGAGUCUGUGGAUACAAGCAAACG